AUGGCGAGUAGGCUUGGGGAAUCGACAAACAGGGAGCCCCCAAACCCAGAUGCUGGACAUUUCGAGUAUAAUAUUUGCUUCGACUUGGUUCAGGACCCGAUUGUCACACGAUGCGGUCACCUCUUUUACUGGCCUUGCCUUCGCACCAACGACUAUCGUUACCGUACACAUCAUAACAACACAAUCGACUACACCAUCUUGACCCAACUGGCGUGGCCGCACAGCGUAGCCCAGCUAUACCAUCUUAACCCGAUCGCCUUCAUCAUGCCGUCGUCGACUCAAAUUUGCGUUGGGCGAUGCUCUAAACACUGUGUGCAGCGACGAACAGAGCUGCUGUGCUUUGCCGCCGCACGUGAAGAUGAGCUUCGCCCAUCGCGAUGA